GUAGGAUUUAUACUGUGAUUGAUUCAUGUUUCUUCUUUAAUCUAAUCGAGGGUGAGUAACAGAUGUUCUAUCAGAGCGAAGUUGAACACACAUUGAUAUUGCCCCCCCGCCUCCUCGGUCUCAAACUAGAGGAAGCUAUCAAGGAAGAGCUUGAGGGCCUCUUCGUGGACAAGGUUAUUCCAAAAUUAGGGCUUUGUAUCUCUGUUUAUGACAUUCGCUCCAUUCAUGGUGGUUUUAUUCUCCCGCGAGACGGCGCAUCCACUUAUACGGUGAAAUUCAGACUGAUAAUGUUUCGCCCAUUUGUGGGAGAAGUCAUAGCAGCAAGGCUGAAGGAAUCCACUGAGAAUGGUUUACGUUUAUCGCUCGGGUUUUUUGAUGACAUAUAUGUACCUGCUGCUCUGUUGCCAAGUCUUUCAGAGUUUAAACCUGACCCAAAAAUGCAAAACCAGAAAAGGUGGUUCUGUUACUCCGAUGAAGAUUUGGUCGUUGAUGAUGAAAAUGAGAUUCGAUUCCGAGUUCACACUGUUAGCUACCCUCCAAUGCCUCUCAACCAAGAUAAAGCAUCCAAGCCAUUUGCACCAAUGUUAAUUACGGGAAUGCUUGAUGCGGAUGGCUUAGGACCCGUUCCGUGGUGGGAAUGAUUUGUCUCCCCUAGCUAGUGUCGUCUUCAUCGAGUGUUAUGGUUAUAUCAUUGCAAGUUAUAGAAGCAAUUCUGAAGAUUUUAGUUGAGAAGUAAUUGAAUUGUUUUCUCCUUUUCAUGUUUCAAAUAAUAAUAGUGUUUGUUUUUAUUUACAGUGGGUUAAUUUCAAAGUGUUCGGAAUUGUAGAAUUCUACAUACAUAACCCAUGCACAUUUAUCACCCCUUGGUAUUUGCAUUCACAACUUUAUGGAAUGAAACCUCGCCAAGUCCCUCAUCCUCUAAGAAUAUUGUUUUUGAAUUGUCCCAAAAUAAUUUUUUAAAUACAGU